AUGUCUCUGUGCCAGUGUGCGGGGAAGCACAGCGACUCAGACAUGGAGGGCUGCUGCUUCUCGGCGGGCGGGGGCCUGAAGGUGUACCUGCACUGGAGCGGUGAGGAGGAGGAGCGGUGCCAGACCUACACGCAGGGGGUGCUGAGCGCAGAGGAGAUCUGCAUCGACAUUGCCCAGAAAAUCGGGAUCACGCCGCUCUGCUACAGCCUCUUCGCGCUCUGUGAUGUGCAGACCAGAGUCUGGCUCCCUCCCAACCAUGUGUUUGAAAUCAGCAAAGACACCAACCUGAAUCUGCUCUUCCGCAUGAGGUACUACUUCCGCAACUGGCAUGGGAUGAGCGACAAAGAGCCGGCCGUUUACCGCAACGUUCCCCGGCAGAGCGACGCCCUCGAGGACAAGCUGCAGGGUGGUGCGCUUCUGGACAAGUCGUCCUUCGAGUAUCUCUUUGAGCAGGGGAAAUACGAGUUCAUUAAUGACGUUGUGUCUCUGAAAGACCUUCAGAGCGAACAGGAGAUCCACCGGUUUAAGAACGAGAGCUUAGGCAUGGCUGUCCUUCACCUCUCUCACAUGGCUCUCCAGCGAGGCGUCUCUCUCGAAGAAGUGGCCAAAAAAACCAGCUUCAAGGGCUGCAUCCCGCGCUCCUUCUGCCGGCAGAUCCAGCAGAACAACUACCUGACCAAGUUCCGCAUGAGGAACGUCUUCAGGAAGUUCGUGCAGCGCUUCCAGCGGCACACGGUCAGUGCUGGGAAGCUGACGGAGCAGGACGUCAUGUACAAGUACCUGGCCACCUUGGAGAACCUGGCCCCCCGCUUCGGGAGCGAGCUCUUCCCGGUCCUUUCCCUGGAGACGGCCUCUGAGGGCGAGAAGGUGCUGCCCUAUAUCAAUGGCGGGCACGCGCAGCUGGAGGAUGGCUGUGCGUCGUCUCCCAGGGACAGGCCCGCCACCCACGAAGUCCUGGUCACCGGCACGGACGGGAUUCAGUGGCGGACUGUCCCUGUUGAGAGUGCAGAAAGCCACCCCCACCGGGGCUAUUUUGGGAGGAAGACCAAGGCCAAAGAGCUGGACCCCAAAGGGCCGUGUCAGCCGGUGGAGAGGAGCGAGGCCAAGUGGGUGCGCUUCUGUGACUUCCAGGAGAUCACGCACGUUGCCCUUGAGGACUGCAAAGUCAGCAUCAACCGCCAAGACAACAAGUGCCUGGAGCUGGUUCUCCCGUCAUAUGAAACGGCCCUGUCCCUGGUGUCGCUGGUGGACGGCUACUUCAGGCUCACGGCCGACUCCAGCCACUACCUGUGCCACGAGGUGGCCCCGCCACGGCUGGUGAUGAGCGUCCUGAACUGCAUUCACGGGCCAAUGCAGGAGGAGUUCGUCUUUGCCAAGCUGAAGCGGGAGGAGCAGGAUGGGCUGUACAUCAUCCGCUGGAGCAUCCUCGACUUCAACAGGCUGAUCCUGUCGGUGGUGAAGAGGGACCGAGGCCAGCGGAGUCUCUCUCCCCCUCUCUCCCUGGGCCCCGGGACGCAGGCCACACCCAAGUAUAGGCAAUUCCGGAUCCAGAAGAGAGGCGGCUCCUUCGUGCUGGAGGGCUGGGAGCGGGAGUUCUCCACCGUACGGGAGCUGAUGGACGUUCUCAAAGGCUGCACGCUCAAGUCGGGAGAUGAGAGCUUCGCCGUGAGGAGGUGCUGCCCGCCGAAGCCGGGAGAGAUUUCAGACCUGAUCAUCGCCCGGAGGGUGAAGGACAGCACCAGGCAGAUCCUGAACCUGACCCAGCUCAGCUUCCACCAGAUCCGGAAAAACGAGAUCACCCAGAGAGCUCAUCUGGGCCAGGGCACCCGCACCAACAUCUACGAGGGUGUGCUUCAUGUUUGCGGGGGUGCUGGCGGGGAUGACGAGGCCGAGUACUUCUCCACCGAGCAGAACAACAACAGUCGGGAGAUGCAUGUGGUACUCAAGGUGCUGGACCCCAGCCACAGGGACAUCGCCCUGGCAUUCUUCGAGACGGCCAGCCUCAUGAGCCAGGUCUCGCAUAUCCACCUGGCCUUCGUGCACGGCGUCUGCGUGCGGGGCUCCGAGAAUAUCAUGGUGGAGGAGUACGUCGAGCAUGGCCCCCUGGAUGUCUUGCUGCGGAAGGAGAAAGGCCGGGUGACCGUCGGCUGGAAGAUCACGGUCGCGAAGCAGCUCGCCAGCGCCCUGAGCUACUUGGAGGACAAAAACCUGGUGCAUGGCAAUGUGUGCGCCAAGAACAUCCUACUGGCCAGGAAGGGGUUGGAGGACGGGUUGCUGCCUUUCGUGAAGCUCAGCGACCCUGGGGUCAGCUUCACGGUGCUCUCCCGAGAAGAGCGAGUGGACCGGAUCCCCUGGAUCGCCCCUGAGUGCGUCCAGGAUGUCGGCAGCCUCAGCACCGCAGCCGACAAGUGGAGCUUCGGCACCACCCUGCUGGAGAUCUGCUUUGACGCGGACGUCCCGCUGAAGGAGCGCACCCCCUCUGAGAAAGAGCGCUUCUAUGAGAAGAAGCACCGCCUGCCCGAGCCGUCCUGCAAGGAGCUGGCUGCCCUGAUCAGCCAGUGCCUGACGUACGCCCCCAGCGAGCGGCCCUCUUUCCGGACCAUCCUGCGGGACCUCACCCAGCUGCAGCCGCACAACCUCGUCGAUGUCACCUCCGUGAGCCCCAACUUCCCCGUCUCGGACCCCACGGUCUUUCAGAAACGCUACCUGAAGAAGAUCCGAGAACUGGGGGAGGGUCACUUCGGCAAAGUGAGCCUGUACUGCUAUGACCCCACCAACGACGGCACCGGGGAGAUGGUGGCCGUGAAGUCGCUGAAGUCCGGCUGCAGCCAGCAGCUUCUCACCAGCUGGAAGAGGGAGAUCGAGAUCCUCAAGACGCUCUACCACGAAAACAUUGUCAAGUACAAGGGCUGCUGCAGCGAGCAAGGGGAGAAGAUCGUGCAGCUCAUCAUGGAGUACGUGCCCCUGGGCAGCCUGCGGGAUUACCUGCCCAAGCACAACGUCAGCCUGGCCCACAUCCUCCUCUUUGCCCAGCAAAUUUGCGAGGGCAUGGCUUACCUGCACUCCCUGCACUACAUCCACAGGGACCUGGCUGCUAGGAACGUGCUGCUGGAGAACGAGAACGUGGUGAAGAUCGGUGAUUUCGGACUGGCCAAAGCCAUCCCCGAAGGGCACGAAUAUUACCGCGUCUGCGAGGACGGAGACAGCCCCGUCUUCUGGUACGCCAUGGAGUGCCUGAAGGAGUGCAAGUUCUAUUACGCCUCCGACGUCUGGUCCUUCGGUGUCACUCUCUACGAGCUCCUGACACGCUGCGACUCCAGCCAGAGCCCCCCUGUGAAAUUCAUCGAGAUGAUCGGCGCGACUCAGGGUCAGAUGACGGUGCUGAGGCUGAUCGAGCUGCUGGACAGGGGGAAGAGGCUCCCGAGCCCGAAGGACUGUCCUUGUGAGAUCUACUGCUUAAUGAAAAACUGCUGGGAAUCCGAAGCUUCCUUCCGCCCAGCGUUCAAGAACCUCGUCCCCAUCCUGAAGAACUUCCACGAGAAAUACAAGGCUCAGGCCCCCUCGGUCUUCAGCGUGUGUUGA